GGCUGUGCCACACUGUGGAUCUCUACGCCACCGGCAUGCAGAGCCACCUGUAGACACGGAGGAUGUUUAACUGGGUGGUGAAAGUGGUCCCCCAGCCCCCCGAAGCUCCCGGGACAGAUGAAGCUGCUACUACUGUAGCUACUGCUGGCCAGCCCAAACACAGAGAGGUGAAGAGUCCUCCGCUGAAAAACACAGACGAGGUUUCAGAGGACAGCCAGGCCCAGACUGGAGUUUUAGGCUGGCUGUCUAAUGGGUUCGUCAGCGCCCUGCCUCAACCUUCUGGCUCCCCUCGACCCAGCAGGGCCAACUCCGACACCAGGUCAGGAGAGGAUGGCGACAGGUCUGGGGUGAUUGGCUGGGUCACUCAGGGUCUGACCAAGGUGUUGCCUCAGCCCGAUGAGAAGUACAAAGAGAUUGCCGACAAUGAAGAACACACUGAGGUGUAUGAAGUGGCAACAAUGCCAGAUUUUGAUCCCCUUCCACACAUCCCAGUGGUGGAGAUGGUGUCAGAUGAUGAGGUGUCAGAGGUAGAGAGUGUGACCCAGAACUUCCCUCCCAACGUGGUGAACUGGAUCAAGCAGAUGGUCCCUCAGCCAGUUUUACUGCCCCCUGGUGCCGUACCUGUAGAACCACCAACCAAGUCCUCCCGCUCCUCUCUGGACAAAAUUUUGUCUCCACCACCUGAAUCUCUGAGUGGAAUCUCUCUGGACACUGAUAGCAAGGCCUCAGGCAUGGUUGGCUGGUUCAUGUCCGGGCUGGGCCUGAAGCUGCCUCAGCCUGCCAUUCCACCCAGUGAUGUUGAGGGUGCAGCUGAAGUUCUGCAGAAAGUUUUCGAAGAGGAGUUUUGGUCAGACGACCAGAGCCUAACUCAGUACCUCUUCUCCUUCUGUUUCAGGGGGGAAGUUUCAUCCAAACUCAAACCUGACAUGGUACUAGAAGACGUGGAGUCAGACAACGAGGGCCAGCAGAAACGUGAUGAUCGGUCCAAAGCUGCACCAGCACCAGCAUCCACACCAUCGAUUCCACCAUCACCAACAGCAAACCAAGAGCAGGAAGCCACACAGCAGGCACAGUCCAAUUCACUGCAGGCUCACAAGUGCAGUGACACCAGCCUACAUGUAGAGCCAUUAGAGAGUGUGACAAAAUCAUCUCAAGAAGAUGCGGAGACACAGACAGGCCGCUGGACGCCGUUCAUUGAAAGCAUCAAGAGGGAGGCUGAAGAUGUAGCUUUGGCUACCAUGGAGGAACGUCUGCUGCAGGAGCGCAUGGAGAUGGCACGUAUGGCUGAAGAGGUGGCCAGGCAGACAGCUGAGAUGGCCAUUAGACAGAUGGCCAGUGAAGGGCAGUCCAUCAAACUCUCACUGGGGAGUCAAGAACUGCUGGAGGAGCCUGAAGCUGAGCUGCCAGUGCCACAAGAAGAGGAGAGUGAAGUGGACCACAGAGACGCACAGUUUCCCAGUCUCGUGCUGAUCCAGCACAGUCACUUGGCUGUCAGGUUCCGGGUCCCAGAGGAACAGCACUUUGCUGAGGAGGAACAGAAGGAAGAGACUGAGGAACUUAUCACUCAGGAACCAGUUAAGACCUCUGAACCGGAGCCGGAGCCCGAACCAGCACCAGAACCAGAACCAGAGCCAGAGACCCAGGAAACCAAUGCAGAAGCAAAGCCUAUAACCCAGCAGCCACAGAAAACAGAGGAGGACGCUCCAGUCAGCUGUGAUGCAUUUAAGAGCUGCCUGAUGCGCAUUCCUCACACCUCCGAGUGCCUCGGCAACAUCAACGCCUUCUUCAAAGAGAACGGCAUCUCCCCUCCCAAAAUACCUUCCAUGCCUAAGCUACCCACCCAGCUGUCUGACGUUACCAAGUACUUACCAUCCCUACCCCCUGAAUUGCGCCAAGAGCUGUCCCAAAUCCGACUCACGCAGGUCCCCCGAAAUUUUGCCCAGACUCUGACUGAGCUUUUGCCCAAAAGCUCAGAGGGUUCAGUUGGUCCCAGUUUGUCCAGUCUUUCCCAGAGCUUUUCAGACAUCCCGCAGAAGCUCUCCCAGUUCCCCAGCCGGACGCAGCAGUACUUCCUCAACCUCCGUUCUCGCUCCCCGUCUCCAUCCUCCCCCAAUGGUGGCACCCUCGAAUUGCCCAAUGUGCCAUCCUACCCACGCCUGCCGCCUAUUGUCAGCCCCCCUUCAAAGCAGCUCAACUCUCUGUCCCGCCAGCUGUCAGGUCUCUCUAACCCGGCAUUCUUCAUUGAAGAUGACUCAGAUAUUUCAGCAAUAAGGCCCGCAGAGAGCUCUAGUCUUAGCCUUCGUCCAGCGGUCAAUGUCGAGGAUGUCGACUCAGACCAUGAGAGAGGAGGGGAUGGUGGAGGGGGAGGGGAGGGACAGAGCAGUAUCCCCCAAAUCCUCACCCCCCAGGACCCCAAACUUACAACCCUUACUGUCCCUGUGACCCCUUCUGGAGGUCGUCAAAGUAGGAGGCUGCACUCCCAAAGUGAAGAUGACGAUGAUGAAGGAAACACCCCUGUCAGAGCCUGGCCCAGCCAGUCCAGCCUGUACGGCACGGAUGAUAUACUGAAAGAACGUCCGGCAUCGUCAGCCAGUCAGACCAGCACAGUGGUCAAUGAGCGUCUUCAGGAGCUGGUCCGCAUGUUUAAAGAGAGAACGGAGAAGGCAAAGGAGAAACUCGUUGACCCUGACAGCUCAGACGAAGACAGCAUCAUCCCCUCUCCUCCUCAUGCUCCAGCUGCUCAGCCUGCUCCUGGAGCUCCACCAGUGGUCAGAGGAGAGACAGAGGUGAAAUCUCCUCGGUGGAUAGGAGCCUGUAUGCGCUACCGCUUCCCCGCCAGCAUCGACCCUUUCACCAACCUAAUGUACGUGCUGUGGAUGUUACUGGUCUCUCUGGCCUGGAACUGGAAUGCAUGGUUCAUCCCAGUCCGCUGGGCCUUCCCCUACCAGACUCCAGACAACAUUUAUUACUGGCUGCUGACCGACUACCUGUGUGACCUCAUUUACAUUCUGGACAUCACCAUCUUCCAGCCGCGGCUGCAGUUUGUCCGUGGAGGGGACAUAGUGUGUGACAAAAAAGAAAUGAGAAAGAAUUACAUGAAAACCACUCGCUUCAAGUUUGAUGUAGCCAGCCUUGUUCCCCUGGAGCUCUUCUAUCUUAAAACUGGCAUCAACCCUCUGCUUCGUUUACCCAGGCUGCUGAAGAUCAACUCCUUCUUUGAGUUCAACGAGCGUCUUGAAGCUAUCUUGACCAAAGCCUACAUCUACAGGGUGAUCCGCACCACCACCUAUCUCCUCUACUGUCUCCACUGCAACGCCUGUCUAUACUACUGGGGCUCUGCCUUCAAUGGACUAGGAUCAACCAAGUGGGUGUACAAUGGCGAGGGCAACAGUUAUAUUCGCUGUUACUACUUUGCUGUGAAGACCCUAAUCACCAUCGGUGGUCUGCCAGACCCCACCACCCUGUUUGAGAUCGUCUUCCAACUCAUCAACUACUUCGUUGGAGUCUUUGCCUUCUCUAUCAUGAUUGGACAGAUGCGUGAUGUGGUUGGUGCAGCCACGGCAGGUCAGACCUACUACCGCACAUGUAUGGACAACACUAUUAAAUACAUGUCCUCCUAUCGUAUCCCCAAAGAUGUCCAGAACCGUGUCAAAACCUGGUACAACUACACCUGGCAAUCACAGGGCAUGCUGGAUGAGCAGGAGCUGCUGACUCAGUUGCCAGAUAAAAUGCGGCUGGACAUUGCUAUAGACGUCAACUACUCUAUCGUCAGCAAAGUCCCUCUUUUUCAGGGUUGUGACAGACAGAUGAUCUUUGACAUGCUGAAAAGCCUACGCUCUGUUGUGUACUUACCUGGGGAUUAUGUCUGUAAAAAGGGUGAGGUGGGUCGGGAGAUGUACAUCAUAAAGGCAGGGGAGGUGCAGGUGGUUGGAGGACCAGAUGGGAAGACGGUGUUUGUCACUCUCAGAGCAGGAUCAGUCUUUGGAGAGAUCAGUUUGCUUGCAGUAGGCGGGGGAAACAGGCGGACAGCAAAUGUAAUUGCCCAUGGAUUUGCCAAUCUAUUCAUCCUGGACAAGAAAGACCUGAAUGAGAUUCUGGUCCACUACCCCGAGUCCAAGAAACUGCUCCGCAAGAAGGCCAGGAAGAUGCUUAAUAAGGGAAAGAAACCUGAGCCCAAAGAAGAGACUAAGGAUCCCCCUCAGGUCCCAUCAGCCCCUGUUAGGGCAGAGACCCCCAGACUGCUGAGAGCAGCCCUGGAGAUGACAGAGAGAUCCUCUGGACUUAAAGGAGUUCUGGCUAAAGUCAAAGAAAAGACCAACAAGUCCAGUAUCUCAUUACAGCCCUCCAUAUCCUCCUCCCUCCCUCCUCCAUCUCCCACCUCCAGCUCUGGACCUGACAGAGAUGUGGACACACCAUCACCCAUGUCUGCCAGCUCCGCAACGUUUCGCUCUGCUUCCCGUUGGCGCAGCAACAGCAACUCCGUGAUGCCGCACUCUGCUUCACAGAUGCCUGCCAUGGACCGAAGAGAGGAGAGCUUCAGUGAGGUGGAGGCGAGCGAGGGUCUGAAGAGGAAGGAAAAGAAGUUGUGA